UAGUUGUCACAUCCUUGCCUUUAACAUGGUACAUCUGUAACCUUUUGGCCUAUCACUCGAGUUUGGAACACAUUGUUUUGAGUAUAUAACUUUUAGGCUGGUCAUGUCCAUUACCAUAGGAUAUGAUUUUGAAAACGUGCAGCUAAGUCCAAAGAAUGAGAACAAAGACAAUUAAAGAAUAUAAUAUGGAAACCUGAUUUAUACUCUAGAGACCCAACUCGACUUCUUCCAAAACAAUUUUUAGAUGACAUCCAUAUAACCAAAACAACUUCGACAUUAUUUUUCUCUUUUUAUAAAAUCGAUUCAAACGUAGAUUCAUGCAUCUAACACACAAUUUGAAAAUAGAAUUUCAUUCAUGCACAUUCUAUCUGCUUCCUAUUAAAAAUCAAAGUAAUUUAUGGUAUGUGUUCAAGUUUUAUGAAAUCAAUAUUCUUUUACAAGUUCUAGCACACUAAUCAGACCAACAUACCACAUGUUGGCUCAUGUUUCAAAAUAGAUAACAUAAAUGUUGGAUGACUACAUGCAUAAACAAAAACUAUAAUUGUUUUCUUAUACUUUUUUUUUUUGUAAAAGGGCAUUCAAUUGUUUUCUUAUACUUUUGAUUUAGUAACAAACUGAUUUUGUAAAAGGGUAUUUUUCUUAGCUUCCCAUUUGAUUUGGCACAAGAAUAAGACAAAAACAGUGCUAUAAUUAUGGUGAAGUGAAUGACUAUAACUCAAAAUAGAACAGUUUCCGUUUUGGUAUAUAGAUUGCAUUAAAAUCACACUUCAUAAGUUCAUCUUGCAUUUAAAGUAGAUAUAUUCCUUUUAUAGGAAAUAAAAAAACAGAAGGGUUCAUUGAUAUAAGUCAACUGACAGCGACACUUAACCGACCUUUAAAAAAAGUUGUAUAAAAGUCAACAAAAGAAAAACCUCAAUCCGUUUCGAAUGGGCGUGCAACUGUACUCACUUUGGGAAUUGAGACUUUUCUCUCUUUUCCCUUUUGCAUUUUCCCGAGGAAAUGAGAGAAAGAAUAUAAAGAAAACACCUCCACGUUCUUUUUCCCGUCUCGUAGGGAUUCAAUAUUGAAAUGUGAGUAUGGAGAAGAAACGAGAGAUCUGUGAGUACAGAGAGAGACUUGACAAGACCUUGUCGUCUCCCGACCUCACCAAUGAGCAAACUCUCAAAACGUUAAUCAGACAACAACUCUAUCAAGAGUGUACUGUGGAUGUAUUGGAUCAAAGAGUAUCUGAUCUAUCUAGUAUACUUGAGAAGCUUAGGAGUGCAUCAGCAAAGGAUCAAGAUUUGUCUCAAUCAACCAAUGAAGCAUCGCGUGGUGAUUGGAAAGUGAAACAUGAUCAUGAAGACUGUCGUGUUAUGUACCGUGAAGGACUUGAAGGAAGCCCUUUCCACACAUUGCUCGUUGAAGGUUACAUGGAUGGCCCUAUCCAAGACUGUUUAUGUGUAUCAUGGGAAUCAUCACUCUACGAGAAAUGGUGGCCAAUCUCUGCAUUUCCAGCAUUCAGAAUCUUACAAACUAAAAGUUUGCAAAAGGAAAAGAUCAAUGAACAAAUAUGUUUAGUGAGGAUGAAAGUACCGUGGCCAAUGGCAAACAGAGAAGCUGUUUUGCAGUUUUUCUUAUUCGAAUACUUUAAAGACGGUUUAGUCAUCAUUCUACUCAACUCGAUCUCAGCAUCAGAAGUAGAGAACUUCGACAAGAAGGGUGUAUACGAAGCAGCGGAUGCUGUGAGGGUUGAUUUAGUAGGUGGCGUUGCUAUACAAAAGGUGUCAUCAGAGAGAAGUUACUUAAGAUACAUAUCGGAGAUCGAUAUAAAGCUGGACUUGGUCCCUCCAUCUUUAAUAAAUUUGGUGUCUAGGCAGCUCCUCGGCAACGGUUUCAAACUUUUCAAGAAGACCAUUGGUUCGGUGGCUAAAUCUGAUGACUACAGGAGAGUUUUAGCUGAUCCAUUGUAUACUAUGAUACGUCAAGCUCUGUAUUCUACUGAUGAAAUCUGCCAAACAAAUGUGUUCCAUAGCCAAGAUGAAAGUGGUUGCAAAAGAGAUGAUCAUGAGAUUGAGGAAGAAGAAUGUGGUGAUGAUGAAGAUGAAGAUGAGAAUAAAAGUGUUUCUUCUUCUUCUUCUGGAGAGGAGGAUGAAAGUUACAUUGGGAAGACCUACAAUGGUAAAACACUUUUCUGCAUAAGUCCAGAGGUGAAGCAAGCUUUAGGGACAUUAGAGAAAGUGAUAACAAUGGUUAGAAAAUCCAGAACAGAUAAUAAUAAUAAUAAUAAGACAUCAUCAACAUCUUUAGAAGAAGAAGAAGAAGAAGCAUCCUCAUCGUCACCAAAGCUACAUUUAGAAAGAGCUGAGAUUGUUUCAAGCAGCAAAGUUUGUACUCAAAGUCCUAACACUGAGGUUCUUGAUGAAGCGUCACUCACACAUUAUCAUCACAACAACAACAACAACAACAAUCGGCGAAGUGGAUCAAGUUCUUUUGCAAGAGAAGGCAACAAAAUAGCUCCUACGACAACCCCUGAGGUCACUAGGAUAACAAUCUCACAAGCCACAACCCUUUUCAACCAAACAGAAGAGAACAGUGACGACAAGCCAAGCGGAUUAAAUGGAGUUAAGAGCUCGGUUCUGCAGAGAAAACGUAAACCACGCUGCUUCGGAAUCAGGUCAUGGAUGAGAAGGACCUGAAAAUAGUUUAUACCAAAUACUACAACAUAUAGGAAACAUCAGAUUGUUUCUAGUUACACAUUUGGAUACUUUAAAAUUUGCAACAAGUGUUUCAGCAAAUACAUCAAAGUUUACAAGUGUCUUUCUUGAAACCAAAUAUCAUUGAUAAAGUGUUUUUAAUUCAAUCAAAAUAAGCAUUUUCUACUA